AUGGUCGAGUCCGCAGCCACCUCACUCGCCUCCAUCCUCGUCCUAGCAGCCGGCUUCGCCUUCGCCGCCUACGGCUACCACAAAACCUACAAAUACAUGGUCCUCAAAAAGAUGGCCAACGCCUUCGAGCCCGGCGACCCGGUCCUCGAACUCGCCGCCAUAGGCAAGGAAAUCCCCAAAUCAGCCGGGGGCACGCACUGGGUCGAGCGGCCCGAGCAGGCCAUCGUGGACUCGAUCAUCGCCGGCCACGACAUCGGGCACUACCACCUCUUCAUCGGCGAGAAGGGCACCGGCAAAUCCAGCAUGCUUCUCGAAGCAAUGCGCAAAAUCGACGGCGACGGCAUCGCCAUGCUCGAGGCGCACUCCGACCUGGAAAUCUUCCGCAUCCGCCUCGGCAAAGCCCUCGACUACGAGUUCCACGAGGACUACAUCGGCGGCUACUUCAGCGAGCGCGGGCCGCGCGACACCACCGCCCUCCUCGACAUCGAACGCGCGCUCAACAAGCUUGAAAAAGUCGCCCUCCGGCGGCGGCGGAAAGUGGGGCGCCCCCUGGUGCUCAUCAUCAACCAGAUGCACCUGAUCCGGGACGACGAGGACGGGCGGGACCUGAUUGAGCUGCUGCAGCAGCGUGCCGAGCAGUGGGCGGCGAGCAACCUGGUCACCAUGGUCUUCAACAGCGACGACUACUGGGUGUAUGAGCGGCUGAAGCAGCUGGCGACGCGCAUGGAGGUACUCACCAUUGUUGAUCUCCCCAAGGCCCAGGCCACGGCCGCACUGAGGAAUUAUCGGCAGCGGUAUUUUAACGAGACCGUCUCGUCUGAGAUCCUCGAUAUGGUCUAUGACCGGGUAGGUGGGAGGCUGAAUUUUCUGAACCGCGUCGCCAAGAGCAAGGACAUGCUCGCGGCGUGUGAUGCAAUCAAGGAGAUGGAGAAAACCUGGUUUCUUAACCAGUGCUGGAUUCUUGGGGAAGAAAUGGACGACGACGUGAUGGACCAGCAAAAAUGGGCCGCAGCAGCGGUAGUCCUCGCCACCGCCCUAGUCGACAAAGAAUCCUCCAUGUCGCACACCUACGACCCCGAGCUCGGGCACGUCCUGCCCUCCUUUCCCUUACACGAAGCGCAACAAAUCAUGACCCGCGCCGACUUUGUGCGGUCGCUGGACCGCCUCAAUCUCUUCAGCAUCACCAGCAGCGCACAGGUGCGUGCCAGCUCCGUGCCCAUGCACCGCGCGUUCAAGGAAAUUGUUGCGCAGCCGGGGUUCCGGGAACACCUCCAGGCAACCAUCGACCGGAUUGCGGCGAUAGAAAGUCUGGGCCGUACGAGGGAGCUGGUUGCCAAGGAUCUGGUGCUUGGGGGGAGGUAUGAGGUGAGGAAGGUCCCUGGUGGGGUGGAUGUGGUGUUGAAGGAGAAGGAGAAGGAGGCGGGUGAUGAUUAG